CGAAAGCACCACCGGUCGGGUCGUCCUACAUUUCCGGCUGCAAGUUGGCGACGGAUCAUCACCGCUUUUCCUCCCUCUCAAAACUCAGUCGUAGGAGCCUCUCUGCAACGCGGCGUCGAACUCGCUCUCGAUCCGACCCCUCUGAAUCUCCACAUGCGCGCCACCGCCGUCGCGAAACCUUAGACCUCCCCCCUUCAAUGAGCGGGGUCGCCGCCGCCGCCGCCGCCGCCGCCGCCGCCCGAUGCUCCGCCGCGAGGAUGACGCCGGCCAUUUUCGGCCCCUGCGAUCCCGCCCCCUUCGCGCCCAUUUCUCUUGCCAAAGCUCUCUCCUCCAUCGCCCAUUCCACCGCUUGCGCCGCCGCCGACCCCGAGCCGUCGGAUGUCUCGUCUCAGCUUCUCUCGAUCCUUGCGUCCCGGAAUUGGCAGAGGAACCCUUGGCUCAAGAGGCUGGUCGCCUCGAUAACCCCGUCUCACGUUUCCUCCGUCUUGGCCUCCAAUCUCGACCCCAUGACGGCGCUCGGGUUCUUCAAUUGGAUUUCGCAGAGGCCCGGUUUCAGCCACAAUGUACGGUCUUAUUCGGCUUUGCUGGCCGUUCUGAUCCCGAACAAGUUUUUCGGUGUCGCUGAGAAGCUACGGAUCGCCAUGAUAAAAUGCUGCGGUUCGGUGGAUGACGCGCGGUUCGCGUUGGAGUUUUUGUCCCGGAUGAACGGGGAAGGUGAUUUGAGAUUUAAGCUUACCGUCAGAUGCUAUAAUACUCUACUGAUGGCAUUAGCGAAGUUUUUGAUGAUUGACGAGAUGAAAAAUGUGUACAUAGAGAUGUUAGACCUGAACGUUCUGCCGAACAUCUACACUUUCAAUACAAUGGUUAAUGCGUACUGUAAGUUAGCGAAUCUGGUUGAGGCAGAGAUUUACGUGAGAAAGAUUUCGGAGGCGGGUUUGAGCCCGGAUACAUAUACAUAUACCUCCCUGAUAUUGGGUCACUGUCGGAAGAAGGAUGUGAAUGGCGCCUAUAAGAUCUUUGUGCAAAUGCCGCAAAAGGGUUGUGCAAGAAAUGAGGUUUCAUACACUAUCCUUUUACAUGGUCUCUGUGAAGCUAGGCGGGUGGAUGAGGCUCUGAAGUUAUUUUCUCAGAUGGGGCAAGACAAUUGCAGUGCCUCUGUUCGAACAUAUACAGUUCUUAUAUGUGGUUUAUGUGAUUUGGGUAGAAUAUCAGAAGCAAUGGAUUUGUUUACGGAGAUGCCUGAGAGAGGUUGUGAGCCUAACCUUCAUACCUAUACUGUCAUCAUUGAUAGUUUCUGUAAGAACAAUAAGAUCAGUGAAGCCCGGAAAUUGUUGGAUGAAUUGUCGGAUAAGGGGCUAGUCCCAAGCGUUGUCACUUAUAAUGCUUUAAUUAACGGGUAUUGUAAGGAAGGAAAAAUAGGUGCUGCAUUUGAUAUUUUAGGUUUGAUGGAGUCAAAAAAAUGUAGUCCAGAUACUCGUACAUACAAUGAAUUGAUAGACUACUUUUGCAAGAAUAAGGAUGUGCACCAGGCUAUGGCAUUGUUUAAUAAGAUGACUGAGCGCAACCUCCCUCCAUCUAUCGUCACAUACAAUUCUUUAAUUCAUGGUCAAUGUAGACUAGGGGAGCUGGAUAAUGCUCAUAGGCUACUUAAAAUGAUGGAAGAAAGUGGUUUAGCUCCUGAUGUGUGGAGUUAUAGCCCUAUUAUGGAUACUCUUUGUAAGAGGUUGAGGAUUAAAGAAGCUGUUGCUUUAUUGGAUUCAUUGCAUGAGAAAGGUAUCAAAGCAAAUGAAGUGAUAUAUACAUCAUUAAUUGAUGGCUGUUGUGCAUCUGGACAACUUGUGGAUGCCCGUAGAUUGCUUGAGAGGAUGCUCUUGGAGGAUUGCAAGCCAAAUUCGUUUACUUACAAUGCUUUGAUAGAUGGAUUAUGCAAAGAGAAGAGAACACAAGAAGCAUUGAUGAUGGUGAAAAAUAUGCUGAAUCUGGACUUGAAGCCAAUGGUGUAUACUUAUACGAUUCUGAUUAAGCGGAUGCUUGCUGAAGGAGACUUUGACCAUGCUGAUAAGCUUUUAGACGAGAUGGUUUCCUUGGGAUAUCAGCCUGAUCUCUUUACUUACACAUCGUUUAUCUACGCAUACUGCUCUCAAUGUAGACUAUAUGAAGCAGAAAAUUUGAUUUCUAAGAUGAGAAGAGAGAAGAUUGAGCCAGACUCAGUUCCUUACACAUAUUUAAUUGAUGCAUAUGGGCGGUUGGGAUUACUUCAUCUAUCGUUUGAUGUUCUGAAACGCAUGUUUGAUUCUGGUUGUGUGCCUUCUCACCAUACAUAUGCUCUUUUGCUUCAGCAUUUUUUAGAUGAAAAUCGGGUGAAAGGGGAAAACCUUGCGAUCAGAAGUAAUGUUUUGACGUCAAAUAUCUCAGCAAUUGAUAAAGCAGAUGUGUGGAGGAUUGUGGAUUUUGGAACUGUUCUGAAGUUUUUCGACAAAAUGCUUGAACAUGGUUGUGCUCCUAAUGUCAACACUUACGUAAAGAUCAUUAUAGGACUUUGCAAAGUGGGCCGCCUUAAAGUAGCGGUUGGAAUAGUCAACCAUAUGAGAGAGAGAGGCAUGAAUCCUGAUGAAAAAACUUACAAUGCUCUUGUUUGCUGUUGUUGUGAGAAGGGAGAAUACAGAGAAGCAAAGAAGAUGACAGAGGCUAUGAUCGAGCAUGGUCAUUUACCCCGUCUGGAGUCUUCUAAGCUGCUUAUAUGUGGCCUAUAUGAUCAGGAGGAUGAUGAAGAGGCUGAACAUUUUUUUCGUAGUCUCUUAGUUUGCGGGUACAAUCAUGAUGAACUAGCCUGGAAGCUUCUAGUCGAUGGGCUACUUAAGAAGGGUUUUGUAACGAGAUGCUCAGAUUUGCUGCAGGUCAUGGAGAGGAAAGGCUGCCAACUGCACCCUCAAACAUAUACAUUGUUGAUUGAGGGACUCGAUGGGACGUAAAUUGAAAUAAAUUAUUAUUUUGACUGGAGGCUACUGGCAUUCCUGUUACCAGAAACAAUGUCGUUUCCUUCCUCAUCCAUCGUUUUAAAGAACGGGAAAAAAUGACUGCAUAUCAUGGACGACCCUGAACACAUGUUGAUUUGCAGCUGGAAGGAGUACUCUUGCAUCGGGGGUAAAAAGAAUAAUUGGAAACUGUUGCACAACACUGCCCUCUGCAACAGGAUAAAUAUUGGAAGGAUGAUUGACAAAUAGAAGUAUGUCAGAGUCAACCUACAUGGAAACCAAUUCUUGGGAAGCACAUGCAAUAGUUUAUGAAUAUCCGUUGUGUAAGUUUGCAGGAAAAUAGAAAGACCUUGUUCAGAGAAUGCUUACCUCAAUACCUAGGAAGUACUGCAACAGCCUGUAUCCUUGAUUUGGAAAUGAUGAUGAAGAUGGCUUCUCAGUUGAGCAGUACCAUCUAUAUUUUCUCAGGGCAUGCUUGGUUUUUGAAGCAUCGCUGAUUCUCAAGAAUCAGAGUUUUAUAGCCAGUGUGGAAGAAUGAAAUGAACUUGAUUUAUCUAAUUUAAAGGAUGAGUGGGGGGGCCUCUGGAAAAUCUACUGUUCCAAUGAGGUCUUACUCUGUUGGUUCCUGGUCCUUAACGCUUUGUUUGUUGAAUCAAUCUGUGGUAGUUAUGUUCUUGGAGAAUUGCAGCUACUAGUGAUCGUGUCUGGCUCCUGAAAAUGCUGAUUUUGAUGGAAAUCUCAUAUGAUGUGCUGGAUGCAACCAAUUCUUACCCAGUUUACAAGUAUGCUACAUCAUCAAAGGAAGAGGGGGAAGAACAGUACCAAGCUACAAUCACUUUGUACCAUCCACCAACCUCUUAUACUUCUACCUUGUUUCCCCUUUGCAUGCGCCUAUGGGUCCUUACAUUAAGAAAUCACUCAUUAUUCAUUUUGCCUUCACAGAAUCACAAAUAAUGGCAUUUUUGCAGUUAUAGGGUAUUUACUAUCUGUAUUUGCCAAUGUCUGGGGAUUUACGUCAUUGUUAAUGCAAAUGGAAUGUGAGUGUAACUUUUCUUGGUUUA